AUGGCAGGGCAUUUACCAGACAUGGUGGACAAUGGGAGUGACUAUUGGAGGAGGUUGAUGGACGUUGUAUCCUUUGAAGCCUACGAGAAAACGGCACCGACUAAAAUUCUCCAUCCCGAACUUCUGCCGGUACUCUCAGCGUUCGCGGCGCACACGUUAAAGCGCGAAGACCGUCUGGCUGGCCAGUUCUUCUUCCCGGAUAAAAAGCCUGACGCGGCACUAACCUCCGUCCUCCCCACCAUCGCACUUCAGCUCGGCGUUAGACACGGGCGCAUACGACAAAUGAUUAUUGACACUCUCCGCGACGCCCCCGAGCUAAUCGCGGACGACCACUCCUUCAUGGACCACAUCUACCCUUUCUUCAUCCGCCCUCUCAGGCGUCUCAAGGAAAAACAAGAAACGGCGCGGGGGGCGCUCAAAACAAACACUUACGUGUUUGCAGGUAUUCAGGAGCGCGGGGCCAGCCCUCCGGAAUUCGCCAACGUCCUUCGUCUCUUGGAGAGUCUGGCCGACUGCUUGAGCCACUACGACGACUUGCCUAACACCCAUAUUUUCCUUGCCACCGAUCUCGCCGACCAUACGCGAGAUGAAGUGUUCACGGCGCUUCAAGAAACGUUUACCGUUACCUAUACUCACGCAUUUGAUGUGAACUCAACAUCUCACUUACAACUUGCAUGUUUUCACGUCCGCCACAGAUAACCUGUUGUUCCUUCAAUUUCGUUUCUACACUCUAUCACCGUCACCGUUAUCCUUAAGUUACGAUUUCGGCCGCUCGACUCGCCUUCACCCCAGCCCCUUUCUAUAUCUCUUUUUUACGUUCUCCUCAUAUCUAAAUCCCCGGUACCAUGCGAACACAUACGUAGAAGGCUUUCCUACCUAUACGAUUACCCCUUAAAUCACC